UUGAGUCAACCAUUUUGAGUCAACAAAACGUACCAUGUUUCCAUUUACACACAGGUCACAGAAAUGACAAUUAGCAAAUCAACAGGAGUGAUAAGACCAGAAACAAAAAAAGAAGCAACAAAUUCAAAUCCACAUGCAAAUCCAUGUGUCAUUGCAAUACAGUGUACAUGUUACCCGAAAUGAUGAUGCUACAAAUGGGUGGUGCUUUUAAUAUAAGGAACCAUAAAAACUGACUCACAUCUGGAGUAAUUACACCAAACAACACAAUGGAAAACUGUUCCAGUGUCUUGAGUCCACUGUUGGAGAAAUAUUACCUCUCACCAAUGUACGGUCUGGAAUUUACCAUCGGCUUCAUCGGAAACCUAGUGGUGGUCCUAGGCUAUAUCUUUUGCCUCCCUGCUUGGAAAUCCACUAACGUGUACCUGUUUAACCUGUCUGUGUCUGACCUCGUCUUCCUGUGCACUUUACCUGAGCUGUCUUAUAACUAUGCAUACAACCAGAAGAAAUUCAAUUCAUCACUAUGUGUAGGUAAUCGCUACAUUCUCAAUGUGAACCUGUACUCCAGCAUCCUUUUCAUGAUGUGGGUAAGUGUGGACCGGUUCUUAUUGAUAUGUCACCCACAGCGAGAACACAUCCUGUUGACUCUCAAGGCUGCAAUAAUCAUCACCAUCCUGAACUGGAUCUGGGUGACUGUUCAAAUCGCUCCUCUCAUCGUCUUCAUCAUCCAGGACUUGGAGCAAAAUAACUGGACAGCGUGUCGUGAUUUUGCGAGUCUGAGAAAUCCCCAUGUUACUCUGAUCUACAGCAUAAUUCUCACUAUAACUGGAUAUGUGAUUCCCCUUAUAGGUUUGUUUCUAGCAUCACAAAAGAUGGUUUCUUUUCUCAUUAAAAGACAGGAAGUGCUUGGGACAUCUUUCCAAAGGCCAGUAAGGAUUGUGAGGUCUGCAGCAAUCAUGUUCCUGUUGCUCUACACACCUUUCCAUGUCAUGAGAAAUGUGCGUCUCGCAUCACGGCUUCCUGAAUUAAAUUUAUCAGGGUGUGUUUUAGACUACAUCAACGGGGCUUUCAUAGUGACACGGCCAAUUGCAUUUGCACAGAGUGUCAUCAACCCCGUGUUUUACUUCCUCAUGACAGACAGUUUUAAAGAAGCUCUACAGGACAAGUGGAGGCAGAUUAAAAGGAUGAUAAUGAGAUCGUCAUAAACGAGUCUGACCCAGACAAAGACAGCACUGAUAAACCCAAGUCAAUUUAUUUGCUAUUAAUUGGACAUUUAAUUAAUGAUAUUUCAUAAUAUUAACUGUCUGUAAUUAAUGUAAAACAAAAUUAUGGUAUUUGGUAAAUUUAUAUAAAUUUUCCACAUUGCCAAAAAAACCUAGAAACAUAAAAAGAGUUAUUUGUAGACAUCUCUGUAGGGGGACUUAUUGUUUCAGCAGUACAGUUAUGUUACUCCCACAGAAUGUCUGUAAUUACUACUGAAUUAUUGCGAAUAAAAAUAGGAACUUAUCGAUUGUCCAGACAGACAGGGGUUUUAUUAAUGACAAAAUCAACAGACACAAGAAAACACUAGGGAAAUACUGAGCAACUAAAAUACAGAAGAAGAUAAAAAACAGAGAACAGCAAGUAUCAAACAACAAGGACUCAGCAAAAGCACAUGCAAAACAGCAGGUAUAAAUAGGUGGGGUAAUUAACAAGACAGGAAGAACAGGUGUGCAGAGACAGGAACAGGGGCGGGGCAAACACAAGUGAGCACAAAACAUAUACAAAGACAUGGCACAGAAUAUAAACAAAUCCCUGCUGGAGCGCCCCCUGAUGUUUAUGCAGAGAAUGGUCCAUGACAGAAGAUCACUGUAGUGCAUUCUGACCAGAAUUGUUGGCCAGGUCUCAAACCUGAACUGGAACAGAUGAAGUACAGCAUAAAGCAUUCAGAUCAUCACAGGGUUUGGCAAGAGCAAGACUAUAUAAUAACACAAAUUAAAAAACUUUAAUUUUGUGGACCUCAAAUCAAAUCCAUUUUUAUUUCUCACAUACACAUACAUACAGAGUACGACAUGCAGUGAAAUGCUUUUUGCAUCUGUCUGGUAUUCAAGUAUAAAAGGAAUGCAAUUAGGGAUAAAAAAAAUAAAACUAAA